GUCCUUGGGGAGAGGCAAAUGUUGGGAGAAGUCGAGACGCGAUGUUUGGCGGCGUAUGGAAUGACAGUAAACACAGGAAAGACGGACUUUUUGUAGUUGCUUAGUUAACAUAUAAAUUAUUCAAGACAAAACAACUCAGACGAAGUGGAACCAAGUUGGGUCUUAUGUGAUGCGCACGAAAAAGGAAUAAUUUAUUUUACGAAAUACAGCAAGCAGGCGAUGAUUUAUUCUUAUGUAUUUAGCUUGCUAAACACCGUGCAGACUGGCUGCACAUAAACAAUGCAAACGAAAAUACGCGAGCUAGCUUUCUAACUAGCUAGCCAAGUUAAGUCUGCGCGUAACACUACUUACGUUAGUAGCUAUUAGUUGUUUUCACUCGUUUGCUCGCUAGCAAAUGGUUCCUUCUUAAAGUAGUAAAUGUUCAGUUUCUUCUGCUUUUCAUUUCCCUUGUUUUACGAAGAUUGGGAAUAGUGCAAACUAGCGUUGGAUCGCUUGCUUAGGCUUCUGACGUGUUUGGUUGUGUGGAUAACAUGCCAGGCAUUGGAGUGAAGUGAGGCCCGGCGUCAUCCCAAUUCCAGUGUCGCUUUAACUACAUCAUGACAAACAUUCAGGUCUGUCAAAGACUCUCAACCACAAGUCCAAGAUAUGAGAGGAUCCUGGGCCUCUUCCCAAUAAACUUGACCGUGAAGCAGUAAACCGCCCCCCCCCCCAACCGCGUAGCGACCGCGAUGGACCGGAACAAGCGCAACUCCAUCGCCGGGUUCCCGGUCCGCCCGGAGCGGCUGGAGGACCUGGACGGUGGGGUGGGGGGCGACGGCGGGCCCCCCCAGCCGGGGCGCGUCUGCUCCUCCUCCUACCGCGCCCUCAUCAACGCCUUCUCCCGCCUCACCCGCCUCGACGACUUCAUCUGCGAGUGGAUCGGCUCCGGCUUCUUCUCCGAGGUCUACAAGGUGCGGCACCGGACCUCCGACCAGGUGAUGGCGCUGAAGAUGAACAAGCUGAGCAGCAACCGGGCCAACAUGCUGAGGGAGGUGCAGCUGAUGAACCGCCUCUCCCACCCCAACAUCCUCAGGUUCAUGGGCGUGUGUGUGCAGGAGGGCCAGCUCCACGCUCUGACUGAGUACAUAAACGGGGGCAACCUGGAGCAGCUGCUGGAUAGCAACAAGCACCUGAACUGGACGACGCGGGUGAAGCUGGCCUGUGAUAUCGCCAUGGGCCUGGGCUACCUGCACUCCAAGGGCAUCUUCCACCGGGACCUCACCUCCAAGAACUGCCUGAUCAAAUCGGAUGAGAACUUCUACACGGCCAUCAUCGGGGACUUUGGCCUGGCAGAGAAAAUCCCCAGUCACGAUUCUGAGGGGGAGAAGUUGUCAGUGGUGGGCUCCCCCUUCUGGAUGGCUCCAGAGGUGCUGAAAGAUGAACCCUACAAUGAGAAGGCGGACGUUUUCUCGUACGGUAUAAUCCUGUGUGAGAUCAUCGCACGCAUCCAGGCCGAUCCAGAUUUCCUUCCGCGCACCGAGAACUUUGGCCUGGACUACCACGCGUUCCAGAACAUGGUCGGGGACUGUCCGCCAGAGUUCCUGCAGCUGGCCUUUAACUGCUGCAACAUGGACCCCAAGCUGCGACCCUCCUUCCCCGAAAUUGUCAAAACGUUGGAGGAGAUCCAGAGCCGACCCAGGUUAGAGGAGUCUGAGCGGGAGGGGCUCCACCUUAGCACGGACGUGGACCGGAAGACCCUCGCCAAAGGUCCAGGUGAGAAGGUCCAGGGCAUUAAGAGACUAAACCCUCUGGGCCUGCAGGAUGACAAGAUCCCGCCCAAGUCUCCCCGCCCGCGCCGCAACAUCUGGCUCUCCCGCAGCCAAUCGGACAUCUUCUCCCGCAAGCCGAGCCGCAAGGUGAACGUGCAGGACCCGUACUACAACCCCGGGCCCAGGGCGCGCAAGAUCAACCCUUUCAACGCCCGGGAGGACCUGAAGGGCGGCAAGAUCAAGUUCUUUGACAUGCCCAGCAAGUCUGUGUUCUCGCUGAUGUUUGACCUGCACUCACCCACACGCGGGUCGCCCCAGCAGCUGAACUCCACCGCCCCCGACCCCUGGCAGGAGCCCUGGCAGCUGCCGGGCCGUCAGUGCCGCUCCCUGCCCGUCUCGCCCCAGCUGCCCGCACGGGACCCCGUCGGCCCUGUGCCAGUACCCCUCCCGUUCGCGGGUCGCAAGGGUGACCCAGCCCAGCUUGGGAACAAGGUGCUGGGGAGCUGGACCAGUAAAUAUUCGGUAGCGGAGAUCCCGCCCUUCCGGCCGAGGAUGGACGAGGAAGAGGAGGAGGAGGAGGAUUUGGAGGAGGUUGUGUGGGAGGAGGGCUGGUCAUCCCCGCGAGACGGGGGCGAGGCCAUGGACUGCUCCAGCAGCUGCGGGAGCCAGGAGGAUGAGGAUGAUGGGGCCUUCCUCCAACCUGAGGUCCAGAACGGCCCCUGUGCCCGGGCCUGGACUUGUGAGGACAUGGAGGCUGAGGACCAGGAGGUCAUUCAGGGGAGAACCCCCGACACGGACACCCCCACCCUGGACAAGACUUCCUUUAGCCUCAGCCUCUCUGUGGAGACCCUCUGCUCUACCCCUGCCCAGGAGAACUUCAGCUCCAUCAUGCUGGCCCCCUGUGGGGCCACAGAGGGUCAGGGGGUCCCCUCCAAGUGUGACAUUUAGCUCACUGCCUAAGGAACCGGUCACCGGGCAACCUGAGUUUUAACAAGAGAGAGAAAAAUCCUCCUCCUCAACCCCCCCCAGUCAAGUGAUUAUUUUACUGGGUGUCUGGCAGACAAGAGAUUAUUUUUUAGACGUUAUUUAAUAUUUCAGAGAAAGGUUGUACAUAUUGUUUCUUUAAAUGAGGAAUCCCUGAACUUUUAUGACAGGGCUGGUAUUUAAGCACUUGGGAGUGAGAAUCCAAUCCAAAGUGUGAGGAACAGAUCCUGUUUAAGUCCCAAGGGCUACGAAUGAAGGAUCCUCCAGUUUGCCAUGGGUGCGCCCCAAUACUCGGAAAAAACGUAUCCUCUUUUCCUCCACUCGUCUCCUAUUUAUACAUUUUUCAGUAUUGGGACGUUCCCGUGUCUUGAAAUCUGUGGUGCUGAGCAAGAGGAAGUGCCUUUACCACGUGAUGGCCCUUCACCAACACCCAUUGUGCCAUUAUGGCAUUGGGCCAUUCCAUUCAGCGAGGCUCCUACAGUUGGGUCACCAUGUAAAGUGCCAGAUCCUUCAUUUGUAGUCACCGUCAGACUUUGCCUAGUGUUAUAAAUGAAUUUCACCCUGCUCUUUCUAAGAAUCCUGGGGGUUUUAAUGUUCACGUCCAGUCCAACGGAAGACAGAUGUGUUUGUAUGUCAGCUGCUCCUCUAAUGGCAACCUGCAGGUAUUGUAUCCAAUUUUACAUUUGCUAGACCUGGGGGAAGGUGGCUCCAAACGACUUUGGUUGACCAAUCACAAGAUGACGGAGAAGCUAGAACAGCCCAUCAACACUCAAACAUGGGCCUCGUCUGAAACCGCUUACUUGCCUACUAUUGAGUAUACAAGCUGAGUAUACAAAAUAGUAUGCAAGUAAGUUGAAACUAUGCUUUUUUUACUGCCAGAGAAGUGUAGAAUGUGUCCAGUGCUGGGGUCUAUUUACGAACCCAGAAACGUCCUCAGUUCUUUCACUUUUCAAAUUUGUGUUCAAUCAGUCAACCCACAAUGCCGACUAAAAAGUCAAAACAAUAAAUAACUCAAGAACUAGAGAUUGUGGUUCUCCCAUAGAAGCACUGAUGCUCUCACUGUCGAAAAACAAUCGGUGCAUACCUGACGUCAGACUUUGAGAGGCUUUAAUUUUCCUUGAUUUAUGCGUUUAUCAGCCAGCUAAUUUCAUGAAGUGGCUUGAUUUAAAGGAAUGCUGAACGCUUCCCUUAUAAUAACCCCUUUUCACAAAAAAAUUGUUUCCUUCCAUAAGUCCUUUCAGGCCUCGUCAUAACCUGCCGUUGUUAUGAAGAUUUACUGCACUCCUGUUUCUAAUCGAGAACACAGAAAACAUCCUAAUCCAUUGUGCAUAAGCCUCCAAUGCCGUCAAGAUUAAAGUUCAUUUCAGGCACAAAACCACUGAGACUUCCCCAGUCCACUCUUAAAAUAUCAGCCAAGUGGAUGAAGUACCUUCCAAAUGGCCUUCCACACUAGAUUUGGCCUCCCUUUUAAUUGGAUUACUCAAGAGUUGAUUACAUUUCUCCCUACUUCCCUCAUUGUGGCUCUAAAGGAGCGCCUUAAUGUGUCAUCAACGUACACAGAUGUGUCUGAUGCUAAAGUUCAAAUUGACAUUGUUACUCCAGGAUUUGGAUUUUAAAGGGCCACCAUUUUUUUUGGUCACCAUUUGCUUUUAAAGGGCUACAAAUGACACUGGAUCCUUAGAGUGGGGCGACCUCAGCAGACGGCUAGUCUGUGAAGUCGACACGGAUCUCUCUCACACUUUCCAUCUUCAGGGCUAACAAGAAAUUCUAGCCUGUUACUACUUAAAAAAAACAAAUUGCACUUGAAAGGAAAAGUAUACAUGUAUAUUUAACCAUGUCUGCAUUUCUCUUUUUUGUCACUACAUUUCUAUGCAAUACAAUAACUGCAAUGGGAUUAGCUACGUUUUACAGAGGGAAUUUAUUUUGAUAUUUAUAAAAAAUAAAAUUGCUAUGUCUUAUUUCUGUAACUGUAAAGAUUUCCAUGUUUAAAAUACUUAAUUUAGAGUCUUUGUAAAAUACAGAGGUUUCUUUUGAUGUAAUGAAUGCCUAGUUUCCAGCCUGUUCUUUGUCAGUUGUUGACUCUGAAAUCCUGACUGUUCUAAUACUGUAAAUUUGUUUUUGUUCAAGAACCGAGUGUGUAUUUAAACCAAAGACGGAUCAGGACUAGAAUUUUUGUUUGAGAAAUAUUGCUUUUUACAAAAUGUUUUUAAAAGAACAGUGUCUAUAUAUAAGCACAUGUAUGUACUUUUGAUCGCUUUAAAAAUAAAUUUAAUACUACUGCA